AUCGGCGCCCUCCGCCUCACCUGUGGGUCCCGGGGGUUGCCUUUAAUCGACGGCUGUAACUCUACCGUGCUCUUCGCUUUGUCACCGACUCCGUCACUUUAGUCCUUCCUAUUUCCUUCUACCUUCGUGAACCACGUUUCCAAUUAUCGAAGCAACUUCCCCGAUUUCCUCAUCUCCGUUCACCAUACCGACGCCUCAUUCAUUUUUCCUCCGCCCAAUUCGUACUCUCUCAAAAUUUAAUCGGUUUAUCACUUCCAACUUUCCUCGGGAUAAUCUCCUCCGCAGGGAAUUUUUCAAGUCUGCCGAAUCGUGCAUUCCUUAUGUAGGAGGGGAUUGUACUGGUUUUGACGUGGAGAGAAAUAGUGAUCAGAAGAAUUUUAUACUAUUACUGGUUAACUUUGCUCAUAGUGGGAGCUGAUACUACUUCAAAGCUUGUGAUCAUUUUGCUUGAUGGGAUGGAGGAGGGUGUUCUUCUACACACUGUUCAUUCUCUUCAAAAUGGUUGAAUCCUCCAGUAGAUCAGGGAAGAUGUGGUUAUUGAAUUUAAGCAGCGAAGCAGCACCUAAGUUCAGCUGGACAAUUCUCAGUGCUGGUGUAUUCGUAUUUGCUGCACUUGUUCUUUCUACGUUUCUCAUCAUUGAACAUUUGGCUUCUUAUAAUCAACCAGAGGAACAGAAGUUUUUGAUUGGUCUUAUAUUGAUGGUUCCUGUUUACUCUCUAGAAUCGUUCCUGUCAUUGUUAAAUUCAAAUGGUGCAUUCAACUGUGAAGUGAUACGGGACUGCUACGAGGCAUUUGCAUUAUACUGCUUUGAAAGAUACCUUAUUGCUUGCUUGGGUGGUGAGAAACGCACGGUUGAAUUCAUGGAAAGUCAGACUGUUGUUGACUCUAGCACACCACUUUUGGCGGAAAAAUAUGCAUAUGGGGUUGUAGAACAUCCUUUUCCCUUAAAUUGCUUCAUAAGGGAAUGGUAUCUUGGUUCUGACUUCUAUCAUGCGGUGAAAAUCGGUAUUGUUCAAUAUAUGAUAUUGAAGAUGAUAUGUGCGCUCCUAGCCAUGAUUCUUGAAAGUUUCGGGGUCUAUGGAGAAGGAAAGUUCGAGUGGAGAUAUGGUUAUCCCUAUUUGGCGGUAGUACUUAAUUUUAGUCAAUCGUGGGCCUUAUAUUGCCUUCUCCAAUUCUAUUCUGUCACGAAGGACAAAUUGGAAUCAAUUAAACCUUUGGCAAAGUUUCUUGUGGUCAAGUCAAUAGUUUUCCUCACCUGGUGGCAAGGUGUUGCCGUUGCCUUUCUUUUCUCAAUAGGAGCUUUCAAAGGGUCAUUGGCUCGGGAGCUAAAGACACGCAUACAAGAUUACCUGAUAUGUAUUGAGAUGGGUAUUGCUGCUGUCGCACAUGUUUAUACCUUUCCAGCAGUACCUUAUAAACGUGGAGAAAGAUGUGUUCGUAAUGUUUCGGUGCUGUCUGACUAUGCAUCACUAGGAACGCCACCUGAUCCGGAGGAGGUUCAAGACUCUGAACGGACAACUAAAAUACGCUUGGGUCGCCAUGAUGAGAGAGAGAAACGUUUGAAUUUUCCUCAGAGUGUUCGAGAUGUUGUCAUUGGAAGCGGUGAAAUCAUUGUUGAUGACAUGAAGUAUACAGUCACACACGUAGUAGAACCAGUUGAAAGGGGAAUUGCAAAACUUAACAAAACGAUCCAUCGGUUCUCUGAAAACGUUAAACGGCAUGAAGAGCAAAGGAAGAGUGCCAAGGAUGAUAGCCAUUUGAUUCCUUUGAAUUCUUGGUCAAAAGAAUUUUCUGAAGUUGAAGAAAAUCUUACUCAAGGCAGUGUAAGUGACAGUGGAAUCACCAAUGGUAAGAGACAACAUUCUCAAUCAAAAGCCACGACUUCUCGAAUUAGAUUUGGCAGAUAACAUCUCAUUUGUUGUGCAUAAAGGAAAUGUAAAUCGUGAAAGAAACUUAUGUGUUGGCAAUGGCAUGAAUUUUAAGCAUGCUGAUUGUUUCUUUUAGAUUAGAAUAGAAAUGUGAAUGGCGGGGACUUUAAGUGGCUAAAAAGUACUGGUCCUGGUCCCUUGUAGAGCUAACCCUUCUUAACCCACCAAACUCAUCAAAAAAUUAGCUUCAGACACAGGAUUUGAUACAAAGAUACGAAAAGAAUCUCAGACGGGUGCUUUUGGAUUUUAUUUCUGUAAGAGCAACUUUUUAGUGAACAAUUCUGUUUUUCCACUGAACAAUUUGUUUGAAGGGGAUGUAAAUGCCGCCAAUUUCCCUUCAUGUUCCUUAACUCUCUUGUUUGUGUACUAAUCAUGAACCACUGAACUUUACCACAAUUAUGACUUAUUUCUCUC